CGGGCAUGUGGGAGCUGCGGGCUGCAGGACACCACGUGCGGCCCGGAGGACGCGCGCGGCGCUUCAGAGCGCCGCCCUGCUGGCAGAUCACCCCACCAGGCCUCGCCUGCCCCGAGGUGUGAGCUGAUUGGGAUGGUACCCCGGGAAGGUCCAGAGUCUGCCCAGUGCCCGUGCCCUUCCCUGGCUAGCCUGAAUGCCAAGGAUGUGCUUCGGAGAAAACACAAGCGGAAGAGUCGACAGCACCAGCGAUUCAUGGCCCGGAAAGCCCUUCUGCAGGAGCAGGGGCUGCUGAGCAUGCCCCCCAAGCUGGGACCCUCCCUGCUGCCCAUGCCAUCAGAGGCACUGCCGGGCACUGAAGCCACCAGCAGUGGGAUGCAGCGUCUGAGGAAUGAACCUGGAGGUGCCUCGUGGAGCAGAAAGCUUACCCCCCGGGAAUCCACAGGGCCCCGGCCCAGCAAAUGUGUGGCCAUCGACUGUGAGAUGGUGGGCACGGGACCCCGAGGGCGGGUGAGUGAGCUGGCCCGCUGCUCUGUAGUGAGUUACCAUGGCGAUGUCCUCUAUGACAAGUACAUUCGGCCUGAGAUGCCCAUCGUGGACUACCGCACUCGCUGGAGUGGUGUCACUCGGCAGCACAUGCGCAAGGCCAUCCCCUUCCAGGUGGCCCAGAAAGAGAUCCUCAAGCUCCUGAAGGGCAAGGUGGUGGUGGGGCAUGCGCUCCACAAUGACUUCCAGGCCCUCAAGUACGUGCACCCUCGGAGCCAGACCCGGGAUACCACUUACGUGCCCAACCUCCUCCACCAGCCUGGCCUCCACACCCGCACCCGGGUGUCUCUUAAGGACCUGGCCCUGCAGUUGCUCCACAAGAAGAUCCAGGCUGGCCAGCACGGGCACUCAUCAGUGGAAGAUGCCACGACAGCCAUGGAACUCUAUCGGCUGGUGGAGGUGCAGUGGGAGCAGCAGCAGGCCAGCAGCCUGCCGCCCUGCCCGGAGGACCGAGAGCCUGACAGCAGCACGGACAUGGAGCAGUACAUGGAGGACCAGUACUGGCUGGAGGACCUGGCCCAGGGCACCCGCGGAGAAACGGAGGCACAGGACAGAAGGGAGUGAGGCAGGAGAGCCCUGGGCAAUUCAUCCUGGGCAGGGCAGGGUGCAGCUAGCCUGUUGCCAGGGUCCGGGGAGUUGGGACCAUCUAUCCUUUUGGCUCCCUUGCCCAGGGGCUCUUGUGGGCACUCCCCCCCCCCCAUGGUUUGCUAAUGGCACUUUAUAGGCACUGUGAAAAUGUCAGGUGGGUGAGCUAUGGGGACCCAGCCAGAGGAGGGGGUGUGCCAGCAGACCAUCCUAGCCGUCACUGGCCUCCCCACCCCCUAUGCUGUGCUGUCUCAGAGGGUGAGGUCUCCUCGUGGGGUGUUAGCUCAGUGACCUGGGGUAAGGCCCUUUUCUCUUACUGCUCUCUGCAUCUUCCUCCGCGGGCAUUGUUAGGUUCACAGUGAACAUGUCCUGAAUCUAUAGAGUGAAAGCCCCUCUAAGGGACGUUCCUACCUUUCUCAGAUUUGCAGCUUUGGCCAUAGCCGUAGUAGGAACUCAGUGCUAGGCUGUGAUGGGAUAGCAGAGCCCGCAGGCCCAAGGGGAGCUGGCACUAGGCAUCACCAGGCACUAUUCUGAGAGUGGGGAAAGCAGCUCUGUGUUGAUGUUGGGUGGAGACUGUGGCAUAUUAAUUUUGACCUAACUCGGGCAUUCUUCAUGCCCACAAUGCUGGGCUCUCUUAAGUACAAGCCUGAGAAACAAGACAGCAGUUUGAAUUCUGGGACCUCUGUGCAGAGCUACACCCAAGGGACCUUUAUUUAUUAAGAGUAAAGCCCGGGCAGCCCGGGUGGCUCAGCGAUUUAGUGCCGCCUUCAGCCCGGGGUGUGAUCCUGGAGACCUGGGGUCAAGUCCUGCGUUGGGCUCCCGGCAUGGAGCCUGCUUCUCCCUCUGCCUUUGUCUCUGCCUCUCUCUCUCUCUCUGUGCCUGUCAUGAAUAAUUUAAUUUUAAAAAUCUUAAAAAAAAAAAAAAAAGUAAGGCUGCCAGUGUGCAGGGGGCAGAGGGCAUGUCCAUGGGGCUAGGGCCAGGGAGUGUGUGCACUCCCGGGCUGGUGUCCCCUCAGGCUCUUUGAUCCAUAGUCAUCACGGUUAUCGGGAUCUGUCGGGAUCUCAUAUGCCACCCCUCUUUCAUUGAUUCACAAGGGCCCAUUUGGGGUAUUUAGGUUAGCCAAGACCUCAGGUCCACAUGGACUUGUGAGCCCCAUCCUUGCUUGCCACUUAAUAGCUUUGCGACCUUGAGCAACUAUGUGACCUCACUCUUGAGCCUGUUUCCUCCUCUGUAAAAUGAGGAUGAUGCUACAGCCCACCUCCCCGGGUUGUCAUGGGGAUCAGGUACUGGGGCCUGGCAUGCAGCAAGCUGAGGUCAGUGUGACCUGCUCUGUUUUCUUUAAGGCUGGUCGCAGCCUCUUCUGAAUAACACCUGAGCCAGCCUCCUGGGAUGGAGUGGCUCUGUCUGCAACAGGGCUGUCCUUGCUCGGCUGUUCCAACAGGGGCAGGCUAAGGACCCAGCAUGGAGGUGUGACCUGUGUCUGCUCAGCGUCCCUCUGCAUGCGGGAAAUAACAAUGGUCUUUAUGUCAGCCUGACCCAAGCAACAGGGCCAGGAACUCAGACACUACUGAAACCACACUACUUCCAACUUGUCUGUCAGCUCCCUCCCAGGCUGCAGAGCAGGGAGCUGGCUGAGGCAUUGACCUCUGCUGGCCUGGUUCCAGGGCUUUGUUCUGGAGUCCUUAAACAUCUAUCUGUAGCUGGCGGCAAACUGCCAGCCGGGCUGUAGUAGUUUCGAUUCUUUGGGCUGUGGGUUGAAAAAGAUGGAGAUAUUACCAGUAGGGGAAAUCUACUGGGUUUAAAAUCAGCUUUAUUGUAAAAACAUUUGUUCUGGAAUAAAACUCAGAUGGGAUGCUUAGAUGGCUCAGUGGUUGAGUGCCUGCCUUCCCCCCACCUAGGGUGAGAUCCUGGAGUUCCAGGAUUGAGUCCCACAUCAGGCUCCCGGCAUGGAGCCUGCUUCUCCCUCUGUCUCUGCCUCUCUAUCUCUCUGUCUCUCAUGAAUAAAUAAAUAAGUAAUUUUUAAAAAUAAAAAAAAAUAAGACUCAAUUAGAAAA